AUGAACCAUGACCACGACCGCGACAGCAACUCGCAGGACCGUGACGACCCCAGCCUGAGGAAGGCUCAGUUCUCGCCGCCCCCCGCGAGUGAUGGUGUUUCCAACGGUGGUGGAGGAGGCGGAGGGAGCAGCAGCAGUGCGGGAGGGGGGAGCAAGAGGAAGCGGGUGUCGUUGGCGUGCAAUGCGUGCAGGACGAGAAAGUCAAAGUGCGAUGGGGUGAGACCAAAGUGCUCAAUGUGUCGAGAUCUCGAUUUCGAUUGUGUCUACCAGCAGUCUGCCUCUUCCUCGAAUACGAUAGUCGGGAAAGACUACAUUGGCCGCCUCGAAACCCGUCUGCUCGCCGUCGAGAACCUGCUCGCCGCACAAGCGUCGCUCUCACUUCGAAAUAACCUGCCCCAAACCCCUACGGACCACAGCACCAUUAGCCAUGACUACGAGACCAGCCACAGCCCCGAAGAGCUCCAGCAGCCCCAGAAACGCCUCAGAGUCGAUGGGCCAGUAGAUACGAACGGUGGAGAGACGUUUGUGAACCUGCGACAGGGGCAAUUGGAGGAUGAGUCAAGUGCGCCGGACACGGUUCUUGACGGGAUGGGAGCGCUCAACCUCGGUGAUGAGGAGGACUAUGGCUACUUUGGCCCGUCCUCAAAUAUUGCAUUCAUUGGACACGUAACCCGCGCGCUCGCAACCUCCGUCUCCGUGACCGCCGCCUUCCCCAAAGACUUCCGCCGCACCGAGAGCGCGCUCGAGCAAUCAUCGGCAACCUCAGCCCGCUUCAUGUCCGCGCGCGCCUCCCCCGCUCCUCUCGACUCGGGCAGCGAGUUCGAGGCCCGCACCGGUAAUGUCAACAUCUACGUGAUACCCCCGCGCAAACGGGUGCUGCACUACGUGACACUGUAUUUCCAGAACACGAAUAUACUCUUCCCGUAUCUACAUCAGCCAAGCUUCCUAGAGACGUAUGAAGAGGCGCAGAAAGAGGGGUUCACCAAGGUGCGGAGGACAUGGCUCGCACUGCUGAAUCUGGUGAUGGCCAUGGGGAGCAGGGCAAGUACGGAGCGUGAGGUCAGCGCGGAGGAGAAGUACAAAGCCGCGGAGGUCUUCUACCAGCGCGGAUGGGGCCUAUGCGAUGGGCACUUUCUGCGGCUGGCAAGUCUGGAUUCAGUGCAUCUCCUCCUCCUAAUGUCGCACUAUCUCCAAUCCACUCGCAAACCAAACCAAUGCUGGACCACCCACGGCCUCGCAGUCCGCAUCGCCCUCCAGCUCGGCCUCCACUCCAACCAAGCCCUCCAACGGUUCCCCCCACUGGAACGCGAACUCCGCAAACGCGCCUGGUACGGGUGCGUCCUCCUUGACCGCACGCUCUGCAUGACCUUCGGGCGCCCCUCCGCCAUCACCGCCUACGCCGAAAAGCUCGACCUGCCACUCGACGUCGAAGACGACGUCUUCAAGCCCAACAUGUCGCCCAUCCCACCCUCCGGCCCCACCUCCACAACCUUCUUCAUCCUCAGCAUCAAGCUGUACUCGCUCCUCGGCAGCAUCAUCGACACCCUCUACGGCGGCAACCUCGGCGGCGGCGACCAGCCCGAGCCCACCUUCGCCGACGUCGCGCGCGUCGCCGAGAUCGAAGAGAAGCUGUCCAUCUGGCGGCAGCAGCUGCCUAGCGCGCUCACCAUCGUCAGCGCCGCCGAUAUCCCCGUGGGCGGUGGCCCGCCGAGUAAGUUCUGGCGGCAGAGCAUAAUUCUGUCGCUGAGGUACUAUAAUACGAGGGCGCUGCUGCAUAGGCAGUUUGUGGUCAAGGGGCUGAGUGAGAUCUGGGGGGGCGGGCCGAGCUGUAAUAGGUUUGAGGGAGACUUUUUCUGGAACUUUGGGUGGGCGAGUAUCAAGGUGUGUGCGGAGAGUGCGAUCGAGACGGUGGAGAUUGUGCAUAAGGUCAAGUACCGCAGUGAUCUGUUGGGUUUCUGGUGGUUUACAUUAUAUUACACGUUCAAUGCGUCACUCGUGCUUGUAUCGAAGGUGUUGAUACUCUCCCAAGUCCGACAGCUGGCAAUGCGGACAGACUUUGUGCCCGAGACGGGGUCGUUAUUGAAGCAUCUCGAGAUGGCCAUGGAGACAAUCGAGGUGCUCGCCGCCGGGAACCGCAUCGCGAACCGGUGUCAGUUGUUCUUGAAGAACCUGAUGCAGUAUGUUGCGCCACUAGUCACCUCCUCCCCGCGCACACUGCAAUCCAACCCCCUCUCAAUAACCUACAACCCCGCCGCCGCUGCCGCAUCCGGCACCUCCUCGCACCCGCCCACGGACCACACCACCGCCACCACGCCAACCCCCACCUCCACCUCCACCGCCACCCUCCCGCACACCAGCAACCAGCCGCUCGACCCCAACGCGCCCGUCAACGGGUACAACACCUCGCCCUUCCGCGCACAGCUCGGCGAGUUCAUGCUCGAGAGCGACUUUACGUAUCUCAACAGCAUCCUCCCGCCGCUCGGCAUGGACAUGGGGCUGGGCGAGCACGAGUUUGGUGAGGAGGGGAGUGGGCAGGGGCAGGGGCAGGGGCAUGGUGGGCAGGGGCAGGGCGGGUUGGGCGCGCAUGGGGGGUAUGCGAUGGGGUUUAGCGGAUAG